AAUCAAUGGAAAUAUUUUAAAGUACUUCUCUUUAAUCACUUUUGUAUCCAGCUUCUUUGAUUUGUGGAACCUAUUAUUUUACAGAGUAUUUCAAUAUUCCUUAUGAUUGGGAAACAAUGCCACGAUGGUACAUGCUUUUGGCAAGAUGCUUUGGCUGUGCAGUGAUUGCGGAUACCUGGCACUAUUUCCUGCAUAGGCUCUUAAACCACAAAAGAAUACAUAAGCAUAUUCAUAAAAUUUGUCAUGAGUUUCAGGCUCCAUUUGGAAUGGAAGCUGAAUGUGCACAUCCUCUGGAAACCCUAAUUCUUGGAACUGGAUAUAUCAUUGGAAUCAUGCUUUUAUGUGAUCCUGUUAUUCUCCUUUGGGCCUGGGUGACCGUUCAUUUGACAGAAACUGUUGAUGUCCAUAGUGGUUACGACAUUCCUCUCAACCCUUUAAAUCUCAUUCCUUUCUAUGCUGGUUCUCAGCAUCACGAUUUCCACCACGUGAACUUCAUUGGAAACUAUGCUUCGACAUUUACAUGGUGGGAUAGACUUUUUGGAACAGACUCUCAAUUUAUUGCCUACAAUGAGAAGGUGAAGAAGGUUGAGAAAAAGACUGAAUAA